GAGAAAAUCAAUCAGUUUCCCCAUCCAUCUUGAGAUCAAGUUGGGAGAAGCACCUGAUUCACAGACAACAACCAUGAAGUUUCUUUUCGUUUUGCCUUUGUUUUUUGCUGCCUCCAUCGCAGAGAUGUUACUGAACUUCGACCCAGAGAAGGGUACCUUCAUGUACGCCACUGGAGACGAAGGUAAACACACACGAGAUGAGACCCGGGAAUCAGACGGCUCAGUGACUGGCAUGUACAGUUAUAUGGAUCCUAAUGGCAACCUCCGUGAAGUCCGCUACCGAGCUGGAACCAAGGGUUUCCAACCCGAAGGCGACAUCAGCGUGGACAAGAAGACUUCCGUGGAAGCCGCUAGGCUGGCUGCCAUGGCCCCUAAAGCCCCUAAGAUGCCAGCAGUCCCAGAAACUCCCAAGGUUGUUGAAACUCCCAUUGUUCCAAAAGUUGCUGAAGUGCCAGACAUGCUGUUCAACUUCGACCCAGAGAAGGGUACCUUCAUGUACGCCACUGGAGACGAAGGUAAACACACACGAGAUGAGACCCGGGAAUCAGACGGCUCAGUGACUGGCAUGUACAGUUAUAUGGAUCCUAACGGCAACCUCCGUGAAGUCCGCUACCGAGCUGGAACCAAGGGUUUCCAACCCGAAGGCGACAUCAGCGUGGACAAGAAGACUUCUGAGGAAGCCGCUAGAAUUGCUGCAAUGGCUCCAAAGGCUCCUGAGGUUCCCAAAGUACCUUCUGUUCCUGAGGCUCCUGUGUCAGCUGAAAUUCCCGAUGCUUACAAAAUCCCAUUCUUGCCUUAUUCCCCUUUCUUCCCACGUCCCUUUGCUCCUCAUUACAAUCCCUUGUUAAACCACUUUUCUCUGCCCCUGGUUUACAACCGUCUGCUUACUCCUCAAUUCAAACUAGCCUAAAAGUAAUAAUUUGCCAAAUGACAGAACGACUCAAAAUAUUGCAUUUCAUUAAGUAAUGGAGACUUUCUGGUGUAUUUACGUGUUGUUAAGCCUUGUUCAGAGUUUGUAAUUCUCCUUAUUCGUGACAUAGUAGAUAAACCGACCGUCACGGCCCUACUAAAUUAACAUGUUGAACGACUGCAUCAUCCUAAGUCAAAUGAUGAUGUUUCAAUUUUAACUUCUCCUCUUCAUAUCUGUAUCUUUUAUCAAGUAUGAGAACAUCAUUGUGUUAUUUGUUUCACAAAAGAAAAGACAGUUUUUGAUACAUCAAACUUGCUGCUCUCCUUUGAUAUAAUUCCUACUUCUUAUGUAAUUCUAGCUAGAUGCUUAUUGAAAAAUAGAAUACAAAUCUUG